CAGUAAUUCUAAUGGCUUCUACUACAAAUACCAUUACAAACCAUCAGCUAACCUUUAAAACCAUUACCAUUUGUCCUUCAUGUUAUCCACUAAACAUAACAUGCCACCAAUAGAAGCCAACAAAUUACCAGACACCCACAGAGACCAUUACAGUUUCCUUUAAAACCAAUACAGUUCUCAUUAUAGUAAUUAAAACCAUAACAGAUUCUAUGAGGGUUUCUGUUGCUUUGUUUUUCAGCAGGGAUUUCCUGUUUUGUCUGAUUUUUAUUUGUUGUGUCUGAAUGCUUUAAGGCCUUAUGGUUGGUUUGCGGUUAGUAACUCUGGUACAUGGCUUUUCAGAAGUGCUUUUAAAAUACAGAAACACCACAUAGUUCUUAGUAACGUAAACCGCAGCAGUUCAUAAACGAUACUGACUGUUUAGAUCUGAUACAUCACGAUAAUGAAUCAGAUUAUUAUUAGCGUAUUGUUUUAUAUUCACACAUUUUCACAAAUGCAGAUUGCAUUUUUUUUUAACACAGGGUUUGGAAAUGUGUGGUAAGUUUUAAAAUUAUAAAACCCUUAAACAGAAAUAAACGGUUUAGAGCUUUUUUAUUAGCCCAGUGGAGUGAAUCAAGGAGUCUAGUGAUUUUCGGAACGAAUCGAAUCUUUAAACAGACUGGUUUUGAACUGCUCUGGGGUUCUGCAGAAUGAUGACGUGUGGACUCGAGGCUCGCCAUUUGCCUUUCCUGCUUCACCACAUGCAGCACGUAAAGCUCGUCCUCACUCAUACGCCUAUAUAUCGCCUAUAUACCGCUUAUCACUGGCGGAAUCAACACUGAUCAACACAAUACUGUCAGGCUUUAGAGGCUGAACUGGAGGCUGAGAUCUCACCUUUCCAGUCACGUGUGAAAUGCACGUUUCCUUUUCGCUAUAAAAAAGAGGGGUUUUUUUUAUAUAGCACCAAUAUCCAGUUCAUAUGGAUGUUUAAUACAAUUACACAAGUUGAGUGUUGUGUCUACAUGUAUUCAUUUUAAAGCAGUCAAUAUUUAGCUAAUACAAAAUGAAAUCCUUGAGUGGUAAGAAAUAAAGUAGAAAUUCCCACAAAUAAAAUUCCUAAAGCAUAGCUUUGGCUUAGUUCUCUUAAUUUGAAUAGCCUACAUCUGCAUGAGAAUUACUACAGCGUCUUCUGGUCAACAUGCAAAGCAUGCUGGGAGCAGGGGCCACACAGUUAACAAAGGAAUAUAAGAUCCAGCCCAAUACACAUUCAACCAUCUCAGUAGAGUGGCGGUAGUGUAUGUAUUCAUCUAAUACUACAACAGCAAGCAUGGUGCUAGAAAACUCUGCACAUGGCUCUGUCUUUGAGGCUAAAAUUUCUGAAGAUAAUGUGGAGACGCCAUUCGGUAUAGUGCACUGCACCAUGAAAGUUCUUGCUAAGGGAAACCGACCUGUCAUCCUGACUUACCAUGACAUCGGACUAAACCAUAAGACCUGCUUCAGUAAUCUGUUCAAGCAUGAGGACAUGCAGGACAUCACACAGUAUUUCUCUGUGUGCCACAUCAAUGCACCUGGGCAACAAGAAGAUGCUAGCAGUAUCCCCACAGGAUCCACCUACCCCUCAAUGGACCAGCUCUCUGAGACGAUCCCUGCUGUGCUCCAGCAUUUUAACAUUACGAGCAUCAUUGGAAUGGCAGUUGGGGCUGGAGCCUACAUCCUUGCACAGUUUGCUCUGAACCACCCUGACCUGGUUGAGGGUCUUGUUCUGAUUAACAUUGAUGCUCAGGCAGAGGACUGGAUGGACUGGGCAGCACAUAAGAUCUCUGGCUGGACACAUCAUGUUCCUGAUAUGAUCAUCUCCCACCUGUUUGGAAACGAGGAGAUUCACAACAACCAUGACCUGGUCGCAACCUUUCGACAUCACAUCCUGAACAACAUUAACCAGAGAAACCUCGAGUUGUUUGUCAAGUCCUAUAACAGUCGAAGGAAUCUGGAUGUCCAGAGACCUUCUCCAGGUGGAAACCUCAAUGUGAGGACCCUGAAGUGCCCAACUCUUCUGGUGGUAGGAGACAGCUCUCCUGCAGUUGAUGCUGUGGUUGACUUCAAUUCAAGAAUGAAUCCAAGAAAAAACACCCUACUUAAGAUGGCUGACUGUGGAGGCCUUCCUCAGGUUGAUCAGCCUGCCAAGUUGGCAGAGGCCUUUAAGUACUUCGUUCAGGGACUGGGAUAUAUGUCUGCAGUUAGCAUGACCCGCCUUUCCCGCUCCCACACUGUCUCUGGCGAGAGCAGCUUGUCUCUGGAUGCUGUUCAAUCUCACAAUUCCACUGGAGAGGAGCAGCAUGGACAAUCUCACCCCAGCAUCUCCAUGGACAAUGAGUCUGACAGCAGCACAGUGCUGAGCCUGUUAGGAACAACACACUCCAAUCAGGUGUCCUGCUAAAGACCCCAUUGUUAGUGCUGUUAUUUAUACACACACCAUUAAUGGUAAACCAGAAGCUACCAGCUGCUUCAUAUCUGAUUCUUCAGCCUCAGCUUCACUCUGCUUCAAAUGAAUGAUGCUUUAAAUUAUGUGACGAUUGCAGCAUUGGACAUGGAGACUGUGUAUUGUACAAGAAGUUCAGAAUUAUUUUCCAAAAUGUGUAUGGAUUAUAAGUAAUUUAAAUGGAUCGAUGCUUUAAGUUCUUUUGUUAGUCAUGUAUUAUACUUUUUUUUUAUGAAUGAUCAUAACUUGUGAACGUUAACAUUCGUAUGAUAUGCUUACAAACAUUUGAAAAGUUUAAAUAUAUCAUGUACAAAUUGUGGGUUUUUUAGUUAAGUAUCAAAAGCAGACAUACCAAUCAUUUUACAAAUUGCAGGCCAUUCCAUUGCCCACAACAGGACAGAACCAACCAAUGGACUGUUUUAGAAAUGCAGUAACAUUUGUAACCAAAUAAUCAACAUUGGCAAUUAGAGAAAAUUAGCACAUGCAGGCUACAUAAAGCCCAUUUACUUUAAUCCCAUAAGCAUGUAUUUCAUAUAAAGAUCAAUGUGUUAAAGUUUCAUGUGGUGUGAAUAUCAUUCACUCUGUG